GCCUUUGUAGAUGAGAAACAUACGUCCGAACAGUCUGGACUCUGGAGAGCCACUGGAGUUGGUAGGAGAGUUUUGAGAAAGCCUGUUGUACAUGGCGUUUUUUCGUUUGUCAUGACAACGGUACCAAACACACCCUCAUCUUCUUUCCACUGCCUCUCUCUCUCUCUCUCUCUCUCUCUCUCUCUCUCUCUCUCUCUCUCUCCGUGUUUUUUGGGGUGGUGAAGAAGAAAAUGGGAAUCAGAUUCAUACUGAUGGUGAACAAGCAAGGACAGACCCGUCUUGCCCAAUACUAUGAGUACCUCACUCUCGAAGAACGACGCGCUCUCGAGGGCGAAAUCGUUCGCAAAUGUCUCGCUCGUACCGAGCAACAGUGUUCUUUUGUUGAGCAUCGGAACUACAAAAUUGUUUACAGGCGCUAUGCAUCAUUAUUUUUCCUGGUUGGAGUUGACAAUGAUGAAAAUGAACUUGCAAUUUUAGAGUUCAUCCAUCUUUUGGUUGAAACAAUGGACCGACAUUUUGGAAACGUGUGUGAGCUAGACAUUAUGUUCCAUUUAGAGAAGGCACAUUUUAUGCUGGAGGAAAUGGUCAUGAAUGGGUGUAUUGUUGAGACAAGCAAGUCAAACAUUCUGACACCAAUACAGCUGAUGGAGAAAGCAUGAUGAAAAUUUACUGGGUUAGACGCUAAAGAUUUCCUACUUGUGUUGUUGCCUAUGAAAAAAGGAUCGCAAAAAUCCAACGUAAACCAAGCUUGUUAAUUCUGGUGUUUGGCAUCCUUUUCUUGUUCUGACCAUAUACUAGUUUCUGGAUCAAUUUAGGAGUGUCUCCGAGCCUUUUCAUUCUCUUUACUACUACGUAAACUAGGACUUUGAGAUAGGUGUUGUUCCCUAUUGUGCUCAAGAAUCAUUGCUUGAUUGAGCCCGAGGGCUGUGUGUCAGUUGCCAAUGCCCCCUGCUGCUUAAUAAUUAUGGUGUCGAUGGCUCCAGGCAUAUAUAAAAGCUUGUGAUUUUAAAUAUCA